AUUUAGUUCAAUAAGUUCAAUAAGUGGUUCAAUAAGCCAUAACUUAUCAAAAAAGGAAAAUAAUAAAAUUCUCACAUUAAGAUCAACUAAAUUUAAAAACAAACCUUAUCCUAUCUCAUAAGAAUUUUUAACCUUAGAAAUGGUUAUCACUUGUCGUUUUUAUAAGCAGAAAUACCCAGAGAUUGAAGAUGUGGUGAUGGUUAAUGUUCGCUCAAUCGCUGAAAUGGGUGCUUAUGUUCAUUUACUUGAAUAUAACAAUAUUGAAGGAAUGAUUCUUCUUUCUGAGUUGUCUCGACGUCGUAUUCGCUCCAUAAACAAGCUCAUUCGUGUUGGGAAAACUGAACCGGUUGUUGUUAUAAGAGUUGACAAGGACAAGGGUUAUAUUGAUCUUUCCAAACGUCGAGUAUCACCGGAGGAUGUCGAAAAAUGUACCGAAAGAUUCAGCAAAGCAAAGGCUGUAAGCUCUAUUUUGCGUCACGUAGCAGAACUUCUGAAAUAUGAUACAGAUGAGCAGUUGGAGGAGUUAUACCAGAAAACCGCCUGGUAUUUUGAAGAAAAACAUAAGAACAAAACAGCGUCGUACGACAUUUUUAAGCAAGCCGUUUUAGAACCAACUCUAUUGGAUGAAUGCAAUUUAGAUGAUAACACAAAGCAUGUGUUGUUGACUAAUAUAAAACGUAAAUUAACAUCACAAGCAAUGAAAAUUCGCGCUGAUAUUGAAUGUGCUUGUUAUGGAUAUGAAGGAAUUGAUGCUGUAAAACAAGCUCUUCUAGCUGGCUUAGAGACAUCUACUGAAGAAAUACCAAUUAAAAUUAAUUUAAUUGCUCCUCCUUUGUACGUUAUCACUACUUCAACUCCAGAGAAAGCAGAUGGACUUAAAGCUUUGGAAAAUGCAAUCGAAAAAAUUGAAUACACUAUUAAAAAGCUUGAUGGACAUUUUGCGAUUCAAAUGGCGCCUAAAGUUGUAACUGCUAUUGAUGAAGCUGAUCUUGCUCGUAGAAUGGAGCGUGCAGAAAUAGAGAAUGCUGAAGUAUCUGGGGAUGAUGAGUCUGAUGAUAAUGAAGAAGGAAUGAAAUUCGAAGGUGAAGGACAGAACAACUCAAAAGACAAAGACUCUCGAAGUGAGUCAGAUAACGAAUCAACUACGCAUUAACUGACAAAUAUACCAUUCACAAAUGGUGAAAAUUCAAGGAUUCAUGUUUAACAAGUUUAAUCACUUAAAUUUUGAGAUGCGGUCCAGAUAUAUCUCAUUCAAUGUUCAUCAAUACUUUGUAAUUAAUUGGAAUAAAAAUAAAUCAAUAAAAUCUAAUGAUGAAUAA